AUGAAUUUGGAAGUGGAACCACCGUGCAAAAAGAAGAAACAGGAGGAACCAUCUCAUCCAUCGUUUUUGUCGCUUCCAGAUGUAAUCAUUCUGAACUGCUUAGCACGCGUAUCGAAAUCGUACUACCCUAAACUCUCCCUAGUCUCCAAAACCUUUCGCUCUCUCAUAUUAUCCAUUGAGCUCAACCAUGCGCGAUUUUACCACAAAACAAAUGAAUCCUCCUUUCAUAUCUGCUUACAGCUUCCUGACCGUCCUCGUCCCUCAUAUUGGUUCACCCUCUUGAUAAACCUGGAGACGAAGAAGUCUACCUUGGCACAAGUGCCCUCUAUCUAUGCUCCUAAAGCACCAUCGAUAAUGCUUACGGUUGGUUCACAAGUCUAUGCACUUAGACAAUUCUAUCAUCCUUCCCCAGUCAUGAUUGUCCGCAAUAUAGAGAAUCUUCUAUGGCGUAAAGCUCCCAAUUUGACCGUACCUCGAUCGAAUCCUGGUGCGUGCGUCCUAGAUGGUAAGAUAUACGUAGUGGGAGGUUGCACGGCAAAUGAUUGUUGGGGUGAGGUUUUCGAUACGAAGACUCAAACAUGGGAACCUUUACCUGACCCUGGAACCGAGCUACGCUUUUCUAGAGUCAUAAGAAAAUUACAGAUUUUCCAAGGAAAGAUUUACGUUAGGAGCAACGACGAAAAAGACUCAGUUUAUGAUCCGAAAAAACGUGAAUGGAACGUUGCAGCAAAAGCACUCGUGGGUGAUAGUAGGUGUGCGAUAGGUAAUCUAUUAUACUCUUGUGGUAGGAAAAGUUGCAUGUGGUACGAUAGUGAGUGUAAAGAGUGGAAACCGGUCAAGGGUUUGUCUUCACUGAAUAAGAGUUGUCGUCGUGGUUUGAUUGAAACAGUUAACCUCAAUGGGAAACUCAUAGUCUUGUGGGACAAGUUUGCGCGGCGUGGUCCUCAUUGUCAAAAUAAGACUAUUUGCUGUGCGUUAGUUGCGCUUGAAAAGCGCCAAGAUGGUCAAGUUUGGGGAAAUGUUGAAUGGUCUAAUGAUGUGCUUAGGGUUCCCAGUUCAUACCUUUUAUUGCGUUCUUCAAUAAUAUUGUCUUGAAUCAAUUGUGACUGUGCUUUUACAUAUAUAUAUAACUAUUUUGAAUCAAUCCGUAGUUUUAAAAUCAUUGGCAACAUCAACGAGAGGAUUAUGCAUUCAUAUAAAUCUGUUACAUAAUUCCCUGAAAAGUUGGUGUUUUUUUUUAAAAAUAGUUUAGCGUGACACUAAGCCAGUUUAUUUUUCUGUCUGUGUUUGGUCUUGAGUUUAAAAUACUAGAGAAGAACAACUUUAACAAAUUUAGAGUAUUUGUUUUCCUAAUCUAAUCGGAUGAGCGUUAUCAAAGGUUAGGAUUCCCGACAUGAGCGAGUCCAUCAAGAUCAUUAUUUGUAUGAUGUUGCAGUUAGUGAGAGAAUGUUGCUGUUCGAGCUUCAGUGUGAUGAAAAAGACAGGACAAGUGAUUUCUCUCUUGUCUCGAAAUAGAUUAAAGGCACUGGUUUGGCUUGAUGAUUAUGUUAUUGCAAGAACCCGUUAAAGGGGUAUAUAUAGCUUGAUCUCGUAAGUUACUGGUCAAACUGGACUGAUUUUCACGCUUCCUGAUGUGUCUGGUCCGCCACUGCUCAAGUUGAUAAAGAGUGGAAGUUGUUGUUUGUUGGUGGACAACGUUGCAGUUUUUUCGUUAUCCUCUAAGCUCACCUUAAAACCACUUAAAAUUUCCUUCACGUCUGCUAACAGCUCGCCAAUCAUCCUCUUCCCUCCUGGCUCCUGUUUCAGCCUCUGGAUUAAACCUGAUCAAAACCCUAACCAAGGGCAGUGUAUGGUUCCGUUGUGGAUUUGAGAACGGAUCAGUUAGCCAAAUACCUGAAUAGUGAAUACCAACAGGUGAGGCAAAUUUGCCAUUUACACCGAUCACUGGCAAAAAAUAUUGGCACUUUAUUCAUCUAAAUAAAAUAUUGGAAUAUGUUGGAUUAUGAAUUUAAUAUAAGAAAAUUAAUUUUAAUAAUUUAUAUUUUACAUUUUGUUUCCCAAUUCGUAUUUUUUUUUACUAAGGAAAACAAGACAAGCCCAUAUAUAUGUAAACUGAAAGCCUAUAAAUAAAGGCCGAAUAAAUGUCAGCCCACUUACUGGAGAAUGCAAAUUCAAGUUUGUAUGUUUAAAAGGACAAAUUUUCUUCUACUUGCUCCUUUUUACUAAAGGUUCUUCUAUUUUACUAAAGAUUCUUCUAUUUUACUAAAAGUUUCAUGCAAAUAAUAAGCUUUAUUUGGACAGUCGAAUUAACUUUGAAUCUAAAAUAAAAACAGAUCCAUAUGAUACUUACCUAGAAACUUCUUAUGUGGGAUGAUAUUCAUACUCAUCUUGUCAAAAAAAAAUUUAAAACAUUAACAGCCACUUCACAUUUCUUUUGUUAUUCAUACUAUUUUACUCAAAAACAGUUUUUCUAGACCCAGUUGGAGUUGGAGACAAGAGGUUUCUGAUACCGGUUAAAAGCCUGGAAAAUUAUAAAGACCAAUACAAAAUUCUCUCCUACGAUUACACAUGGUCUCGUUGGAACCCAUGGCUCUGUUAGCAAUCUCUUGAUUUGUGUUUCUUUAUAUGAUUCUUCAGUUCUUGUACUUUCUACCUUGGCCACAUUCCCUAAAUAAAUACUGAUUUCUUAUUUGAUUUAUUUAGUUAAAAUCCCAUCAAUCAUCCACUAAAAUCGUUUAGAAUUCCUAAACAAAAAAUUUUAAUUAACACCACAACAAAAUUUCCUCAUAUCUUUAAGAAGGUGUCAGGGAGGAUUGUUAAGUAAAAGAUCGACACACAAGUUUUGCUCCCUAUAAUGAGGGCAUCUGAGUCACAUGCUUCCACAUGCCACCAAAGAGUUUGGAACUUCCUAUACAACUAUACAUUAACAGAUGUAGCAUGCCGCAUGCUUCGUAAUUCAUUAGAAAAAAACAGAUGUGGCAUGCCACAUGCUUAAUGAUGAACAUAAUUCAGAGAAUACGUGUUGCAAAGUCAUUCAUAAAAACACCUUAAGAUGAUCCACAAAAAAGGAAUCUUGGUCAUGUGAACUGUCCCUGGGCAUUUUUAUUUGACAAAUAUUAAUAUUUCUUUUACAGUGUGGAGACAUCAAAUGAGGUAUAAUAAUAACAGAUAGUACGCUAGUCUUGCUGGUCUUAAUUUGUUAAUUGAAGGGCUUCAUUCAUCUAAAUUUUAUAUCCUUAGUUAGUUGUUUUUUACGUAUAAA